GAGCCCUCUACAGGGAUGUCAUGCAGGAGAACUACGAGACGGUGACCUCGCUGGGAUUUCCCAUUCCCAAACCUGACCUGAUUGUCCGGCUGGAACAAGGGGAAGAGCCGUGGGUGCCGGAUCUCCAGGCCUGCGAGGAAAGAAGGCUUCUGAGAUGCCCCCAUUCAGCAGGUGCUGAGCGAGGGAGUGAGAACGUGGAGGGGAAUCAUCAUGAGGAAGAUCCCGGGGAAGUGGAACCACAGGGGACCUUUGUGGAAAGAGCUGAAGGAAAUUUUUCCCAGUGCUUGGAGCAGGGAGAAUCCUGGGGAAAUUACCACAGAUCAGAGAGGCUUCUGGGAAAGCUCCCAGGGAAGAAAGUGGAUGAAUCUAUUAACGGUAGGGGAGGAGAGGAGGAUCCCAGAGCGCAGCAGACAAAUCCCAAGGAAGAGACACCCUGGCAGUACCUUCAGUGUGGGAAAGGGUUCACUGUGAGAUCACAGCUUGUGACACAUCAGACAAUCCAUACUGGAGAGAAACCCCUUCAAUGCUUGGACCGUGAGGAAAGCUUCAGUAAGCUCUCCGAUGUUAAUAACCACGGGAGAAGCCACAGUGGAGAAAAACCCUCUCAAUCCCUCGAGUGUGGGAAAAGUUUCAUUUCGAAGACGCAAAUAAUUAGACAUCAGUUAAGCCACACAGGAGAGAGACCCCACAAGUGCUUGGACUGUGGGAAAAGUUUCAUAAGAAGGUCACACCUAGUUCGUCAUCAGGCAUUACACACAGGAGUGAGACCCCACAAGUGCUUGGAGUGUGGGAAAGAUUUCGUACUGAAGUCACACCUAGUUCGUCAUCAGGCAUUACACACAGGAGCGAGACCCCACAAGUCCUUGGACUUACUGGAAAGUUUCGUACAAAGAUCAAACCUUGUUAAGCAUCAGGCAAUCCACACACGUGAGAGACCCCACAAGUGCUUGGACUGUGGGAAAUGUUUCAUACAGAGGUCACAUCUUGUUGUACAUCAGGCAAUCCACACAGGAGUGAGACCCUACAAGUGCUUGGAGUGUGGGAAAAGUUUCAUAGAAAGGUCAGGCCUUGUUAGACAUCAGGCAAUCCACACAGGAGAGAAACCCCACAAGUGCUUGGACUGUGGGAAAAGUUUCAUACAAAGGUCAGAUCUUGUUAAUCAUCAGGCAAUCCACACAGGAGUGAGACCUUACAAGUGCUUGGAGUGUGGGAAAAGUUUCAUAAUAAAGUCAACCCUUGUUGAACAUCAGGCAAUCCACACAGGAGAGAGACCCCACAAGUGCUUGGUCUGUUGGAAAAGUUUCCUAAGAAAGUCAAACCUUGUUGAACAUCAGUACUGACGUUAGACUUACAUUCAGAGCUGUGGAGCCAGGAACAAGAGAGCUACAAUUCACCGGAAGGACGGUUGUACCCUCAAUUAGGCCACAGACUGAUUGUCGCCUGUCCCCCAGCUGGGGGGUGAAGCUCAAAGAGGAGAGUGGUACAAAAGCACAAGGGAGAAUUGCCUCCAUUUUCACCUCUCCUCUCCCAUCUUUACAGAAGUCAACAAGAUGGCUUGAAAGGCAACAGGGGCCUUGCAGUGGGGAGGGCAGGCCAAGGCUGGAAGGAAAUCCAGCCUGGGUAUUCAGAACUGUGAACUGCCUGCAACAGGGGGUGGAAAAUCCUGUUUGCUUCACAUCUUCCUUAGUUUGGUAAAAUGUAGGAUUUAAAUGCAUGUUUUAAAUUUUGUAGUUUUAACCUUUUGUGACCUUUUACGUCUUUCUCCCUUGUAAUCCCUGUAAACCCCCUUGCUCCAGUUAGUAAAGUGGUUUUAGUGUUU